AUGGAUGAAGUCAUUAUGGGAGACUCAAUACAAGCACUGGCCUUGCUUGGGCUGCUGCUGUUUCUCACCAUGGGCCUCCCCUCAAGCCCAGGACGGGAGUGUGGAAUCAGAGCAGUUGACUCGAAAAGUACAGAGACUGUCUUGGAAUCUGAUCUCUUCUCUAGAAUUAUUAGUUGGAGAAAUCCAGCAGCUGGUGGACAUCCACGACAGGUCUCCCUAAAAUCAGGUGAGCACCAUUUCUGGGGAGGAAGCUUGAUUCAGGGUGACGUGGUGGCUACAGCGGCACACUGCCUGGCUAGCCUGGAUGAGGAGCAAAUUAAGAGUCCAGCCGUGAUUGCUGGGAAGUACAACCUCUUUCAGAAGGAGCAAGAACAGAGUAUUCCUGCCUCAGAAAUUAUUACCCAUCCUGAGUACAAUACACUUUCUCUGACAUCUUCCUCAACCGCUGGUCAGCUAAUCUGUCUUCCCAAUGGAGAUGAUAAGUUUGAAGAAGGGAUUCUUGGCAUGACCAGUGGAUGGGGCAAGAAUUCAGAGACAUAAGAAUAUUCCAGUAUCCUACAAAAAUUGGAGCUUCCCAUCAUGGAUGACACAACGUGUAACUCUGCUCAGGCUAUGAACCUUCCUCUCCUGGAAAGGACCAUGCUGUGUACUGGUUUCUCUGAUGGGGAAAAGGAAGCCUACCAGGGUGACUCUGGAAGCCCACUUGUUUGUAGAAGGGACCAUGGACUCUGGAUUCUUGCUGGGAUAACUUCCUGGGGAGCUGGUUGUGCUGGAAGUUGGGCUUCUUCAAGAAAUAACUAUAUAAGGACCUCAGGUGGCAUUUUCUCCAAGGUGUAAGAAUGGAUGGAUUUUAUCACUCAGAACAUAAUCAUAGAUUGUCGCCCUUGGGGAACGGUGCUAUCUGGGGAAGAUGGGAAGGUCUGUUAUCCCCAUUUGAAAGAGAGCAGCUGUUCUCAUAAAUGUCUAUGUAUUUGGAAAAUAAUGGUACCAGAAGAUAAAACUAUCAUACUGAAAUUUACAAGCUUCGACAUAGAAAAUCAGGUUGGAUGUGACCACGACUGUGUAUUUCUACAAUCAAGCAACCGAGUGCUUAUUAGUAAGCAUGUAAGGUGUGGAGAUACAUUGACCGCACAAUUGCUGGCAGAGUCCACUGAGGCUACAGUCACGUUUGCUAUAGCCUCAGUAGGGGCUAGUGGCAGUGGCUUUGGGCUUCCCUUCACUGCUGUACAGAAGAGCUCAGAAGCAGGUUCAGGGUGCAGGAGUGUGGCUCUAUUGGUGAAAGAAGGGACGAUUCCCUCUGCCAGUUACCCAGACUUACAUCCCAAGAAUUUAAGGUGCCAUUGGCUCAUUCACGCUCCAGAGAAACACAUCAUAAAGUUGGCAUUUGAGGACUUUACUACUGAGUUUAACCGAAACUAUACUUGUGAUGCUGUUGUGAUUUAUGGUGAUGCUGAAGCGGAGCAGGACUUAGCUAAACUUUGUGAAACCUUCAGCCCUACUCCAAUAUUCAGUCCUGGUAGCCUGAUGGUGAUUCAUGUUAGAAGUGAUGGUCAAAAUAACUUCUGAGGCUUCAAGGCUAGAUUUACCUUUUUGACCUUAUACAAGGUCAGGGUCUGUGACAUCCCUCCCUUCGGAUCCCCACGGCUUCCCAGAAGAACUGCGGGAGGGGAAGAAGCCUGCCCCCACUUCAGGCCAUGGCAGGUGGGGUGGAGGUUUCUGGGCAAUCCCUAGUGUGGCGGCACCAUCAACCCGAAUGGGAUUCGGACUGCAGCCCACUGGAAAAAAAAUCCACUCUUCUGGACCAUUGCUGCUGGAGACCUUGACAAAACCCUGAAAAAGUCGACUGAGCAGAUGAGAAAUGCAAAGCACCAGGAGGUGCAUGAAGACUCAGACUGACUACACGCUGACUCGGACAUCGCCCUAAUGCGGCUGAGCUCGCCUCUGGAGUUGGCCUCUGUGGUGAGGCCGGUGUGGCUUCCUCACUGCACAGCCUCCGAGCCUCCGGUUCUCUCCGGGAUCUGCGCUGUGACUGGGCAGGGAAGUAUUAGCGUAGAUGGUAGCCUGGUGAGUCGCCUAUAGCAGAUUCAGGUGCCUGUGUUAGAGAGAGAGAGAUCUACACACACUUACUAUUCUCCUCACCCAGGAAGGAUGAAAGAGAGGCUGAUCUGUGCUGGCCUUGUAGCUGGAGGGGGAGAGGGCUGUCAGGGAGACGCUGGUGGACCAUUAGUGUGUAGACAUGAAAACGAUCUCUUUUGCCUCUGUGGCUUCAUCAGCUGGGGAGCUGGCUAUGCCCGACCAGGGAAGCCAGGUGUAUUUGCCAGGGUGAGUGUCUUCCUGGACUGGAUUCAGUCCCCAAAAAAUUUUGCUUCACUUCAGAUAAAUAAUAAAAGCAAAACCUUAACAAGGAAACAAUGGCCACCACUCAUAACUUCAACAGACAGUGCAUCUGGGCUGGGCUGUUUCUCUGAAGUGAAGCUAGAAGAGCCCAGAGGCUUUUAAUCAACUCCAAGGUAUCCACUGGGUUAUCAGGGAAAGCUGGAAUGUUCUUGGAUGCUCAGAGCCUCACCAAGCAGUACAGCCAAAUUUACAGUCAAAUACCUGUCACUCCCUGGGUCUCAUAUGUGUCAAGACUCAGCCCUGAUUAUUUAUGAAGAAGGCCACAGGGAGAGAAGGACAUCAGGUAACCCUUACUGGCGUUUAAACUUCAGGCUGGAACUCUGUUCUGCAGAGGCGGUCCUUGGAUUUGGUGAAUUAUGUGGAAGAAGCCUUUACCCAAUGAUUUUCAUGAGUUUCGGACCACUGGUGAGGGUGGCAUUUCAUUCUGUACAAGGUGCUUUGGGCAGAAGUUAUAUUGUUUUUAGAAUCCAAGGUCCAAAAUUCAGUAAAAUAACCAGAAUUCCUCAGAGUUCAAACCAAGAGCACGUGGCCACUUGUAACCAUGUUAUUCUGACCAAACCAGCAGGAAUCAUACAGAUCCUGACAUAGUUUUACAGAAGUACUAGGAGUUUUGAAAUUUUCUACAAUGUGCUGGUAUCACAUCUAUAAUCAGAAGAGUAAAAAUUAAAAAGUAUUUGCUUGGAUGUAUUGACCCUGAAGAUUCUCUUAUUCUAGAUGCCAUGAGAGGAAAAGUUAAAGAUAAAGCAGAUGCCACAAAAGUCUUGAAGUAGAACUGGCCAACACUGGUUUAAAGGUCAGUUACAGGAUAACUUCAUUUCGAAUCAUUCCUGACAGCAUGAACCUUGGGGAGUUCGGAUACAUCAUCUGAGGAAUGACACUAAAGAACAAUAGCAAACGAUGGCCAACCUGGAAUUCCAGCUGUUGAUCCAUUUGUCACAGACGAGUCUGAGAGACACCGAGAGGUGUUAACCGGCUGAGCUCGGGGAGCCCAGGGUGCCUGGUGGCCCUGUCUGCUGAGUCUGCAGCACCGAGGACGUGACUGCGGAGGUGCUCAGUAUGAAGCGUACUGUCACAGACAACCUGGUAAUGGAAGAAGUUGCCUCUGGCACAUGGAAAAUAGUGAUUUGAUAGCAGUGGAAGCUCUGUGUGCUCACCCUGGCUUCACGUGGCUUCCUCCCAAGGACGAUCUAUCCUUGUUGCAUCUGGAAAAACCUGUUGCACGAGGGAGAUUCUGCAGGAUCCCUGCAGUGUGCCCAGGACGAGCAGUACAGACUCCUCUGUAUUGUGAGUUGGGGAAGCAAUAACUGCCAUCCCAUAGCAUCAAUGGUCUUCACCCAGAUUUCUGUGGGCAGGGAUUGGAUCACAUCUGUCACUGAAGAGAAGCAUGAUCACUGAGACAGAAGCUGGAUGGAAUUGUGUUA